CUCUGCAGGACCUUCACCCGAAGAAAGGGAGCGGUUCAUGACGGCUGGUCACCAACACCUUCCGAGGUUGUUUAGAUGGACUGCCUUCCCAGGCUGACGAGCCCCAUCUGCCCGAGACUCGUGGGGCCGGGAGCGUCUACCUUCCCGUGCAGGUCUAUAGCACCUGCCCACUGCCCCACAAGGCAGCCAUGAUCUCCACUUUGGUGAUUGUUCUCAUUAUUUUCCUCAUCCUGAUCCGGUACAUCAUUGACAAAUUGAAAAGUGCCUCCCAUCCACACUCAAUGCAGCGUAUCGAACUGUAUUCAAGCGGAUUCAAAGAAACAGAAGGUGGACAAUCUUGCUCCAUAUCUUCCACAGGACAGAUGUCUCAAACGAGGAAACAGUCCAUUGAAUCUCCCAGAAACAGGCCUCAAGAUCCAAAGACUGGUACAGACUCUGAAAGUGAGAGCCCAGAUUCCCAAGGGGAAGCAAGCGGGCAGUUAGAUGUGUCUGAAAUGGAUUUCUUGAGGAACUUGCUGUCACGCUCCCUUGAUCUGCAGCACUCAGACUCUGGGCCGGUGCUGGAGAAACGGAGCCUCGAAGGGGUGGCCAAGUACAUCCUCAACAAGAAAUGUGACAAGAUAAUAUGCAUGGUUGGAGCUGGCAUAUCAACGUCGGCAGGAAUCCCUGACUUCCGUAGUCCAGGAACUGGCCUCUACCACAACCUUCAGAAGUAUGACUUGCCGUAUCCAGAAUCCAUUUUUGAGAUGGGAUUCUUCAAGCAAAAUCCGGAGCCUUUUUUUGCGCUGGCAAAGGAACUGUACCCAGGACAGUUUAAGCCCACGGUCUGCCACUACUUCAUACGGAUGCUGAGAGACAAGGGAUUGCUGUUACGUUGUUACACACAGAACAUUGACACUCUUGAAAGAGUCGUUGGGUUGAAAGACGAGGACCUGAUAGAAGCCCACGGAACAUUCUACACCUCUCACUGCACCAACAGCACAUGCAGGAAGCAGUAUAACCUGGACUGGAUGAAAACACAGAUCUUCACAAAGCCGCUGCCAAAAUGUGAGCUGUGCGAUUCUGUAGUGAAACCGGAUAUUGUGUUCUUCGGCGAAAGUCUCCCCCCUCGAUUCUUUGCCACCAUGGAGUCUGAUUUUCCAGCGUGCGACCUCCUCAUCAUCUUGGGCACAUCCCUGCAGGUCCAGCCAUUUGCAUCGCUCGUCAACAGAGUGUCCAAGUCCACACCGAGGCUGUUCAUUAACAAAGAGACCACUCGUCAGAGUGACCCCAUGAUGGCUCUACUGGGACUUGGGAAUUCUCUUGACUUUGAUUCAGAAAAAGCCUACAGGGAUGUAGCAUAUGUGGGUCCGUGCGAUGAUGGGUGCCUGGCUCUUGCUGAGUUGCUGGGAUGGAAGGAAGAACUUGCAGAAGUUGUGAAGAAGGAACACGCCCUGAUAGACAGCCAAGAGGAAGGGGCGCAGGCAUCAGCCGGCCCCGCGGCUCAGGAGGAGAAGGGAAGCGCGCUGAAGGCACAGGCGGUAACGCAGGAAGAGGCGGAGAAGCCAGGUGCCCAAAAGAAAGCAUGACUCUCCCACAGUCCACAGUACUAAAUAACCCAGCAGGGAAAGCAAACAUAUUUGCAACUGCAACCCCUCGUAUUAACUGCUGUGAAGAGUGACUGCGGAGUAAUUGAAACCCAUCCUCACUCACCUCUGCUGCAGCAACGACAAUAUUGCCUCUCCGCCAAUGUAUAUUGCCAAUUUGACUUUCCUUAAGUUUGAUUAUAGAUACCUAGUCAAGGGGCAUCGAACCCAUCCACAGUGGACAGGGUGUAACAACAGUUUUAACAGCAGUGUGUGUGGUGGGGGGGUUUGUGUUGCAGUACAAGUUUAUUAUUGCAAUCGUUGUAUGAAAUGGGGAAUCAUUUCAUCCCUCUGGGAACCAAUUCCAUGAGAAUAAAGCUGCAAAUUACUAACAGAGUUUCAUUGCUCUGCCUAUUGUGACUCAAAGCACUCUUUGGUUUGAGAGUUGGGCCCAGAGUCGGCAGCGGAUUGAUGGAGAAUGGAGUUGUUGCAACUAAUCGAAUGGACGACUAGAAACCAAACAUCCUACAGCGAGCAAGAUAGCCCACUCCACGAAAAAGAGACGUGGGCAGAUUUAUGGAUAAUUUUCGGCCCCAUUUCCGUAACCGGCUUCCGUCUCCGCACCAUAGAUCCCGUAGUGGAGCAAAGAUACUAGUGCGGAGACGGAAGCCGGUUACGGAAACAUCCUCGUAACAAAAUAAAAAUCCUUUGGUAAAAAUCUUCUCACUUUCAGAAUUAUAAUUUAUUAACACAAACUGUUGCCCCGCAACGUUGAUUACACUGCGGGUCGGGUCGGGUCGGGUCGGGUCGGGUUACUGAAAUGGAUGAAAAAAAGGCCCAAGUUCCGCUCCGUUGCGUACUACACGUCAGCCCAUUGUAUUUAGACGGAGUGGUCUAUCCUGCUCCGCUAUAGGAUCUUUGGUAGAAAUGGUGAUGUUUAAAGUUGAAGUAAAGUUUAAAAAAACACCCUAACCUUAAAUUCUUUAAAUUACUUCUGGUUUGCAUCUGUAGAUAAUUAACUGUGAUUCUUCAUUAAUGAUUAUAUAUUGUGUAUAAAGGUUUGGCAUGUUUCUGGUGUUUGAGUUAGCAAAUAAAACGACAUGUUAAUU